AUUGUCGUUGCUGCACUUGUAACAGUAAACAUCACAUUCUUUUUGAAAAGUCACGCAAAACCUUAGCAAGUAAGUUGUCCAGCAGUAAAAAAUAGAGUUAAAGGUAAGCAUUUCUUUUGACAGUGUUUUCCAAAUCAAAUAAAGAGUACAAGUGAACAUUUUUCAAUGAUUGACUGUGAGCAAGGAAUGUUGAUUCAUUGAAUAGGACUGACCACUGCAGUAGAUUAAGAAGAUUCGUUCAGUGAUUUAAUCGGUGUUGGUGAGAGAAUACAAGUAGUAUAAAUUAUUGCUCAAUCACGCAUAGGCGAGUGAGUGGUUUACCAGUAGGUGGUGAUCAUCGAGGAAAACGUGCUCGGAAAAACUGAGCGAGUUUAUGAGUGACCGAUUAAUCCGCUGAUUUGGUCGGUGGUUGGUUCUCAGUCCCUUUCACGAAGCCUAGCCAGUCAGUGCUCACAACGCAGUAGCUUGGUGCACAACAUACGUCGUUAAGCUUCCGGAACAGUACGUACAUUUCAUGUGGUGGAAUGACGAAUCAAACCAAUCGACUCCAAUAAACCCGAAGAGCAUAACGAGAAAAAGCAACAAAAGCAGCAGCAGCAAAGCAUAGGUGGAAAGAAAAAUAUUGGUCAUUCGUACACACAGUGACAGAAAAAUCUCCGCCGAAUAUAACUCGCGCCUGUCGUGUCCCCUCGUUUUUAUUUAACUUUCCUGUAUCUCUCACGCUUUUGUGAUUGUGUGAAUGUUGAGGCUCUGGUACUGCACUUGCGCAAUAGUUGUCGCGUCUCAUGCUCGCAUAUGUGAUAAAAUUUGAAGUGAAGUCUCGACAGGGAAAUCGUUCAGAGAGUCUUUGUAGCACAGCAGAAGUGGCAGAAAGUAGAUAUUUGUGAAUUCGUAGCUGACAGUGGAAGAAUUCUGAAUCCCCCCGUGCGUUGGCUGCUGUGAACAUUUCCAACAGAUGAAAAAAGUGUGAUAAAACCAGUUUUGUGAAACGCUUAGGUAACGCUUUAGUUACGGGUAGAUUGAAAUUCGAUAGUUACGGGUAAAGGUGAACCACAGUGCGUAAAGAUCUUCGAUGCUUUUCGAAAAGUUGUGCGAAAAAAUUUGUGAAAUCAAUUUCUGCUCUGCACGGGAAUUAUCCCCACAGCUCCCAAAACGUCAAAAAGUGAGAGUCUCUGGCACGUCGUAGAAUAGGCUGGUGACGCGCUUGAGCAAGAGCAGCACUAGUGAGUUUACCAGAUCCUCCACCAGGGAGAGCGCGCACGCAGAAGAUAUACACAAUCCAAUACAAGCUCAGCCAGCUCGUGGUUCGCACAAAUCGGUGUGUGGCUGUGCAUGAGUGUGAUUGCAGAGAGAGUGACCAGCUUGUUCAAUCGUGUUCCGAGUUUGGCCUCUGGGCUCACAGAUUGUGUUUCUAGACCAACAGCGCCAGUAGCCAAUCGGUAGGAGGGAGAAAGUCCUAGUGUGUCUUGUGUGUGGACAGGAAAAAUAAAUCAAAACUCGUGGAAACAAAUUCCAAACAUACCGUAAAGAAUUUUAUCGCAAUUUCCGAUUCUCAACCGAACCACAGUCAAUCCGUCAAAGUGUAUUCCAACGCUGAUAGUGUUAUUAAUAUGGCCGCAGAUGCCGCAAUGGAUACUACCUGCCCAAGUCCCGAAUUAGGGGAUUCCCGCAAACGACCCCUGGAUGAUGGGACCGACGACGGAACUUCCAAAAGGUCUCACUUCAGCACCAACGGAUAAGAAAUGUAAGAAUCAAUUUUGAGCCCUUGUACGAAAACCAAAAUGAAGUUUUAGCAAAUCCAAUUGAGCGCAAAAGCCCAAAAUAAAGUUCAAAUCAUUCCGAAAUGUUGUUACACGAAGCCUAAAUUAGGAAGCAAAUGGUGACAGUGUGUGAGUGUGUCAAUUUUUUAUUACUUCUACUACUUCUACUACCAACUACUAUCACAAAUACUCCUGUUACGUAAACAUCAUCGAGAACGCCUAGCCAGAGCUGCGUCAUCGCGGGCGGCUGCAAUUUACACAUCCAAACGACUAGAGACCGACUGCCAAGAGUUAACUGAUCACUACUCAAUGUAAAUAACCAUCGUGGAUACAUUUGCAAAACGAGCGUAAUCGGAUGCGUUCUAGUCUGAUCACCGACAUCAUUCGAGAAAUCCAUAUGCGUACGUUUGCCAACACUACACCAACUAUAUAACGGCUGCAUUUUCGUGUUCGAUUCGGUUAUUCGAUUAUCGAUAUCCUUAAUAAUUCAAAUCACAAGAAAAAUAAAAAGUGCAAUUAUAGUGUUUUAUAAAAAAAAAUCAGCGGAGUUGUUUAUCUUAGAACAAAUCGUCUCUUUUCUCGAAACACACAACGGUACAUCCGUGUAAAGGAUACCCAAUGUUGAAUAGCCAACAUCAGUCACCGGCAGCCUCACAGCACCAGCAACAGCAACUCCACCAUACACCAAGCAAUCGAUCACCGGAUCAGACCGGCAGCAGUAGCCAUAGCUAUUUCAUAUUCGACGAACUGAGUUCGGCUCUGGCAGCCGAAAGAAACAAUAAUUCGACUCCCAAAACCAGCUCGCAAAAUCUAGUCCUAUCGGUGGUGGGCAAUAAUGAAAGUAUCAUUGCCAAGAUCAAUCAGAUCAACAGUACACAUCACGGAGCUAGCGCAGGCACUGGCCUAUCCUCACCGUCGUCAACAACCGGUGGAGCAUCGUCGCAAACUUCCAUUUCCUCCGUUUCCUCAUCUAGUGGAACAGGAGGAGUCAUGUCGCAGCAACAGCACCACCAAAUUAUGUCCGCCCUUGCGCAGCAAAAGUCUCCUUUCAGUCAACGAUAUUCCUAUGGCAACACUGUCGGUUCCAGCAAUAGUGGCUCUAGCACACUCAACAAUGUUGCCAAUCAAGCAUUCCAGAGUCAACAGACUUCAUUUUCACAGUUCGGAGCAUAUGGUCAAUCGCAAACCGCAACACUGCUCCAGCAAUCUCAGCAAGCGUCGUCUCUCCAGCAGAAGUCUUGUUUCGAUUUACAUAACAAUUUUUUAAGCCUUCAAGUAUAUCAUAGUAUAGCAGCAACUGGCACCACAACGACGACAACGACCACAACCAAUGGCGGCAGUGUGGCCAGCGUCGUCGGUACGGAUAAUUAUCACUUCAAAACGUUGGUUCCAUCGGUGGCAGCCGGAGCCAUCAUCGGUAAGGGUGGCGAAACCAUUGCCUCGCUGCAGAAGGAUGCCGGCGCUCGAGUAAAGAUGUCCAAGGCACACGACUUCUAUCCUGGAACAUCCGAACGAGUAUGUCUCAUUAGUGGCACAGUCGAUGGCAUAUUGACUGUGCUCGAUUUUAUCAUUGAUAAGAUUCGUGAGAAGCCGGACAUUGCCAAGGCACUUACGGAUGCCGACGCUAAACAGGCGGCCGAUCGGGAUAAACAGGUUAAGGUGUUGGUUCCCAACUCCACGGCCGGUAUGAUCAUCGGCAAAGCCGGCGCCUAUAUCAAACAAAUCAAAGAGGAUUCUGGCUCGUACGUACAGAUUUCGCAAAAGCCGAAAGAACUUACCCUCCAGGAGCGUUGCAUCACAAUAAUCGGCGAGAAGGAAAACAACAAGAUUGCAUGCAAAAUGAUCCUGGCCAAGAUCGUCGAAGAUCCCUCAUCCGGUUCAUGCUUGAACGUAUCAUACGCAGACAUCAACGGACCGGUGGCUAAUUUCAACCCCACUGGUUCGCCAUUUGCCGCCUCACAGAAUCCCACUUUCAGCUCCAGUACCGCAUCAUUAAAUUCCGCACUGAGCGGCGCACUACCCGGGGCUUCCGCGGCCGGUUUACUGGUCAACGGCACCGGACUGAAUCUGUCAUUAAAUCUAGGUGCACCAUCACCACAGACUAAUCCUACAGUUACCACACAAUUGCUUGAACAUAUUAAGGGUGCCAUGAGACAGUCCGGUUACUCCGAUGCUGCAACCACAGAACUUCAUGCCGCUCUGGCCGUCCUCGCUAAGUACGGGGUGCUAGGGAUCGGCGUCGGCCUCCAGAAUGGAACACACACAACACCGUUGAGCUUCCUAGGCGUACCGGAACUACAACAGUCGACGGCAGCAGCAGCCGCAGCCACUGCCGCAACCGUCGGGUAUGGUCCCGUUGGUCAGCUGAACCUCGACUCGUACCUGCAUCAGGCAGCCGCCGGAACAGCCACACCACGGACUUCAAUCGAGCGGUACGACCCUAGCUACGACCCGUUCCGCCAUCCCGGCACACAAGCCGCCACACCGAUCUCGAUAAACAACAACGCCUUUGGACUGACCAGUGCCAGUGCGUUGAAUGCUGCUGCCGCAGCCCAGACGAUCGGAUCGCUCAGCAAGAGCCCCACUCCGGCGGAGGCCACCAACAGCAAGGAGAAGAACGUUGAGAUCCCCGAAGUGAUCGUCGGUGCUAUUCUGGGACCUGCCGGUCGCAGUUUGGUCGAAAUUCAGCACCUGUCGGGCGCCAGCAUCCAGAUCUCAAAGAAGGGAAUCUUCGCACCGGGCACCCGUAACCGGAUCGUCACCAUCACCGGUAGCUUAAAUGCCAUCAACGUGGCCCACUACCUGAUCGAACAGAGAAUCCAGGAGGAGGAGCAGAAGCGAGCCUGCCAGACGACAACGGCAGCAGCAGCGUCGGCAGCCAAAACGACCGCAGCAGCUGUGGCUGCAGUCACUCAGUAGAUAACAUCAUUGCGGCAGCAACACGAGACAGAACAACCACAUAUAAACAGAGAGAGAGAAAAUUAUGUUUCGCAAACACUAAACACGUGCAAUUAAGAGAACGGAAAGCAAGAGAAAGAAACAAUGGCAAGCAAGCUAAAUAUGCGAGAUGCGAGAAAGAGUUUUGUAGAGCCAAACACUAAAACAAAAAAAAAACAACACUAGAGCGAACGUAUGUAAUAAUAUUAAUAUACAUAUUAAAGUAAUUGUUAUUUUAGUAGAUAAUCGAAAACAAAAGGUUGAAAAAAGAUAUAAAAUAUGUGAAAAUUUUAACUUCAGUUUAAACUAGUGCUGAAUCUGUAAACGGCAAAAAAUAGUGUAACAGGAGCAGCGUAAAAUUAUAAUUGAAUCGAUUUCACUUACACGCAUAGAAACAUUAACAAGAAUAAACACACAUACACAAAUAAAAAAAUAUGAUAGAUUACAGAAGAGGAAGGUACGCAGUUAGCUCCAAAUUAUAGGGGAAGACUUGUUAUUGGUCGAUUAAAAAACUCCGGAAGAAACAAACAACUAUACGCAAACACACCACAGACAUACACAAACACACCACAGACACACACAGCCAGGUGUAUUGAGACGAAAACCCAUUUUACCAUAUCGCUACAGAGCGCGUACUAAUAUCAGUUAGUUUCGAUUCGCUAAUUAAGUCUUACUUUCAUAUCGCAUAACUUUAGGGGAAACACAGCCGUCGUGCUGUUGUUUUUUAAAUAAUUUCAUAUCUCCAUUUAAAUUGUGGCGAAAGUUUUCUUUUUUUUUUAAAUACGUAUAUCUUGGUUCCGUUGUUUGUCUAAUUUUAAUCAUUGUUUUUGUUUUAGGUUUUUACACGUAUAGGCAUAAACAGAUUCAUAUAUUAUAUUCAUAUUCAUUUUUUUUUGUUUCCAUCCAUUCGGAGGAACAGUACCACACACAGGCCAGGCCUAAAGAUUUUUGUCUCUUUCUUAAGAUAGCAAGCAAGGGAGGUCCCAAGGAUAUUGCGGGUAGGAAUGAUUUUCUGGCGCGGCACCGCAAAUCUUUCUCUCUUUCUCUUGCACAGUUGUAGCAAAAUCUAAACAAAUUGCACCUGUACCAAUUGUAUGCGCAGUUGUUAUUACUAUAAUUAUUAUAAAUGAUACCAUAAAAAACGAGGGACAUUUUGCUAAACGCUGUAUUGUGAAAAGAUUUUAAUAAAUAAAUUGAUUUAUUUACGAUUGCCUCUAAUUUGCCAUUCGGGAUGCACACAUUCUGGUUCAGGUUUCAGUUGGACGGACCGGUUUUCUAAUGUUUAGACGAGAGAAGAGAGAUAGUGAGGGAUAGGGAUUUCAAUUCUGCCAAAACCCAUGCGGAAGUUGAGCCACAGUCAUAGCGAAACAAAAAUGUUGUCGUCUAGGUUACCGGUUUCGAGCGUUACAGAUUCAACAAUUUUUACUAGUUGUCGGUUAAAGUUUAGAUUAGCUUCGAUACAGUCUAUGUAGUAAGAAGAAGAAAUUUGAAAUUAAAACAUAUUUUAUUUACCCUUAAGCGAAAGAAUUAAAAAUUCUUCAUUGAUUUUUUAUCCCUUCAGCUGUAACAAAGAUUAAUUGAAAUAGUUAUAUGUUAUGUCAACAAGUCAAAAUAUACAUUUUUAUCAAUAAACAAAUAAUCCACUACUAGAAAAAAGAGAGAGAACAAAAUGCUAGCAAUUUGUGCAAAGUUAAAGCCCUAAAUAUAUUUUUCGUUGAAAUGCAAUCUGUUAAUGUUAAACCAAAAAGACGUUUUCUUCUUUAUUAUUCUAAUAAACAUUAGGUUCUAGAUACAUUCACAAGGAUACCAUAGCGAUAGUCAAGCAGAGGAAUAGUACAUUCAUUCACAAAACAUACGGUACACAACAGAGCGUCUUAUUUUUAACUUAAGCAAAGCAAACGCAAUCACGAAAAGUCAUCACAACACACUAUUGUUUCACUGCGCUCUUGUUUUAUUCGACUCUCCCCGCCACUUCUGUUUUCCAUUGAACCAGUUAUUUAUGAACAACAACCACAUCACUGUUACAAACAUUUGCGUAAUAAACCAUCCAUUACAAUGCUGAAAACAUCCAAACAGAACAUGUAACACAGUUAUGCCUAUUAGUAUACUGACCAUCGAAACUGUUCAAAGUAACAACAGUCCGAGAAGUCAUUUUUUCCAUAUAGUCUUCGCCACUGAGCCACAAACAGAGGUUGUCAGAUGACAACUUCGAACAGAAGGAAGGAAGAAGAAGAGCAGUUCAUUUUCGAUUCAAAGUUUUUCUCUCCUCUUAAAACAAAACCACACAUCCCCACACAAGCAGAAGAAACGAAAAAAAAAAACUAUUUAUAGCCAAUUUUUCCCCUUUUAAACCAUAAACUUUAAAAGUAUGUAGCUAAUAGGAAGAAGCCGUUGUUUAUUGAGCGAAGGAAGAACUAAAAGUAAACACACACACACACAUAACAAAAUAAAAUGAUAUGUAACUAGGGGCAUGCAAGGUUAUACAAGCCGUGUACCAACAUCUCUCGGAUUUUAGGCCUUUUUAAGCCACGUUAGGGGUCACGUUUAAGUUUUUUAGAUUAGAUUUAAGCUUUUCAGAAGUUUCAAUCUGAUCAAAAAAGCUUUGAACAGAGAUUCACUAACACUCAGCAAAAAGAUGUUGGUCACACGUUUUAUAGAGUAAUCGUAUAACGUUGCAUUUCCCUGUAUUAAACAUACACGGACGAGGAAAAUUGAAGGAAACGAAAAACUAAAACACACACAAGUUUCGAGUCGGAAGGUUAAACCUUCUAGUGUAGAGUUGUUAUCUGGCACGAAUCACACACAAACAAAUGCAUACAUACACACGCUCUAGCAUGCGAAUAGUUCAUUAUGAUUUUGUUUUACAUUUUACUUGAUAUUCUGCGAUCAAUGAAUUCAGAAUUAAAAAUAUUAAAAUCUUUUAUUAAUAUAAAUAUUAAUAUUAAAUAUAUUUUAUUAGAAACAAAAAUGGAGAAUAUACGGGAUAAAGCGAGUUGAAAAAAACGAACAAAACCUGCGCCUGCGCCUUAUUUUAGUCUGUAGUUCUUCAUUCGGACAUCUUCAUGCAUUCAUCCAAUCGACCAUUUCAUUCUUCAUUUUAAUAUCGUCUCUAAGCGUCACCGGCCACAGUCUUCAUUUGACUGAUUUCUAUGAGUUUUUCGUCGCCUAGUUUCUACGUUUUCGAUUGCCUUCCUUUGUACAGGAACAGUGAUGUCAGCUAAUGAUAUGCCAGGUUGCUUUGAAGGUAAUUCAUCAGGUCGUCAACAUCAACUCAGGUGACCCUUAGACUAUUUUCGACAGUAUGGCUGUUCAAUGAAGUAUAGUCGAAACGGGUCGAAACAAGUAGAAAUGGAUUGACAGUUGAUCACCUGUCUCUUUCCAAAUGACUUCGACCGAUUUCUACCAGGUCGAAACAAAUCCUGCUGCCGAGCUGGAUUGGUUUCGACUAGUUUCUACUUGCUCCAUUGAACAACGACCUGACUAGUUUCGACCAAAACAUUGGCUCGUUGAACAUCUACCAGUUGAUAGAAACCAGUUGAAACCGAUUUUUACCAACCGUUGAACGAAGCUAGUAUUUGGCUUCCCAUACCUUUUGUUAAGGAUCAAUUUAAAGUAAGUAUGGUGCAAUCUACAUUCGAAGUUCAUCUGUGUUUGAAAUGUUUUGAAGAUUUUUAAGUCAUCGUUCUGCAAUGCCUCAUGGAAGAUAUUCCACAUGGAAUGUGCCAUCAUGGAAGAUCGGAGACUACAAAGAACGAUUUAAUCUCGUGGAAUAAUGUUGUUAGAUUUUGUGGUGACUCUCUUUUCUUUUUUCGGUCCGAAUUUCAGCGCGACAGUUCUCGGUAAAAUUCGUUAAUAGACUGAGGGAAGAUUUCUCAUUUUCUCUGCGAUGUAGCCGGGUAGCCGUCCACAAACAUCAAUACCAACACCAAUCAGUUGACUGUUCAUACACGCUCAAACAAUUAAACUGAAUUUGAGUAGUAUACGAUCCAAACUGAAACUCAAUUUUGUUUAGUAAAUGAUAAAGUUAAGAUUCAUUAAUUCAUGUUUUAUUAUGAAUUUCUUAUUCUCGUACACUCCACUACCACAGAUUGAAUUUAUAAAUAGGGGAGAGUGGGGAUACUUGAUCCCCUUUUCUUAUUUUCACCAUAUCUUUUUGGAAAAAUUUAGCAACUCGCCGUCUUUGACAUUUUCUGACAGCUUGUAACUUCAAGUUUCUAUGCUCCAAAAAUUAGAACGAUACUUGAACCCGUUGAUUAACUAGAAGCAUUUUCGUGGGAGUAAAAAAAUUGCGAUUUUUUUUGAAGUUAGGGGAGACUUGUUCCCCUAUUGAAGGAGACUUGAUCUUUUAUUCAGGAAGCCCUAAUCCUUGCAUAAAAAUCAAACAAAACCCCAAGAUAGAAUGUUAAUUGACUAUUUUGGUCAUGUUUUUUCUCAUUUCACAAUUUAUAGCAGACAUAAGAAGAAAAUUCUAUAACUUUGUCUCAACGCUAAUAACAUUGCAUACUUAAAGGCGCUAUUUGUUAUAAUUAAGAGAAAAUUAAUUAUUUUUGCUCUUUUCUUCAGACAAUGGUUUGAUAAAUAUUAGUUUUUGGAUAAAUAUUAGUAAUUUCGUAAUCAGCAAUCAUAUCGAUCAAUUCAGAAGAAGAAUAUGCCGUUUGGAAGGAGGAUCAAUUGUACCCAACUCUUGGGGAUCAAUUGUACCCAUAAUCAACAUUUUAGAAAACUUUUUCUGAAAAAAGUUGAAAGUUUUCCAUUGCUUUGAAAAUAUGGCAUUAUGAAGUUCAUUUUACGCUCGAACGGUUGAUACAUUGGAACAAAUAUUUUUUUCAUAAUUUUCCCAUGUAAGGAACAUUUGGAAGUGAUGAAAAAAGAUCUUCAAGUUACAUUUUUUGAAAUUUUUCAAACAAAGUUCAAUUACUCAAACAAUUAUUUUGUUAAAAAAUUUUAAACUACAAGCAUUGUUACUUUGCUCAUUUUGUCACAUUUUUCUAGAACAUUUGAUCUUUGUAAGACAUUCCAGUUUUGAGAUAUAGCUAAGGAAUCAAGUAUCCCCAGGGAUCAAGUAUCCUCAUUCUCCCCUACAUCUACACAACAUAAAUAAUAUGUUUUUGUUGCACCAAUUUGUUUUCAAAUUCUAUCGCUAAUGAUCGGCGGGUGCAGAAAUAAGAAUCGUUACAGCCCGUUAGCCAUGUUGUAUACAUAGUCAGAAACACAGUCAAACACACACACACACAAAUGAAUUUAUAAAACAAAUACACGCGAGAAGAGAUGAUAGAUAUUUUAAGGGUAGAGGAUUCCCUCGGCUAAACGACUCAGUUCUGCCUAGAGGAAUGACCCCGCCAGAAAACAUGGGAUUAGAUUAUAUUGCCAAAAUGUGGAUCGUGCAAUCGCGUGACGGAAGCCUACAAUAGACGCAACAGAGAUAGUACAAUAUAAUCAACACAUUUACAUACAUUACAUGUUAAUAAAAAAAAACUUGUCAACAACAACAGAUUGCUGCACCCAGGAUUGAGUCCGCUCGAGUUUCCAUCACUUACACGUUUCAUCACUAAUUAUUUUUUACUUACGUUCAUCUGUAGAGCAUACAAUCGCAUCAAUUCUCAUCUCUUUAUGCUUCAAGAGAAAUUUCUUGUACUAACACAAACGCAACCUAGCCGAAAAUGUCGACCUUGUAAUCGAUAGAAAAGAAAAAAACAAAAUAAAAGAAGCCUAUUAAAACCUAGAUUUUCAAAACCCUUCACUCACAUGGGUAAGUUGCAAUGUCCAUCUGGGCACAUCGAAGGAGAAAUAAUCGGGUUUGAAAAAAAUUCUAUAUUGAAAGAGAACGACUAAAACACUAGAACAAAAAUUGCACAGCCGACUAUUUCUCACAUUGUACACACCCACAUUCAAUAAAGAAAAUUUAAAAAUCAUACUAGAACUCUCAACAGAACAUGUUUAUAUUCAAAUGAAAAAAAAGUUGUGAUGGUAGACAAUUCUAUUGCUGUUAUUUGUUGGAGUAAGAAUACACACUACACUAGAACUUAAAAAACAGUACGAAAGAGAAAGUAAAGGAUAUAAAAUGAACGCAGUAUAGCAGAGAUCUUUUUUUUAAACAAAAGUUUCAUCUAAGUGAGUUUAAACUUUAUUCUUGUAGAGGUAAAAAAAUGUUGACUUGUUUGUUUUUCAAUUUAUAAACAUCGACUAACCUGUUUCAAAUCGUAAAAUACACAUAUAGUUCAGUUGAGUACUUUCCUUAGAGCUGUUAGUUCCUCCGCGUUCGUUAACAUUGACGUUAAUUUUUCUCCAUUUGUAUAUACUUAUAUAUUAAAAUAAAUAAUUGGAUAAAGUUCCAUUUCGUUCGGCAUCUGAAAAAAUUAUCACAUAGUUACUUGUGUUAAGGCAAAAGAUGGGGGCAAAAAAUUGAUGGAAAAUAAGUACCUAUAUGUGUAGAGAGCAUAACAAAAAACAUUCAUUCAUUGAAAAAAAUUAGGAUUAAUAUAAUGCAUAAAAAUUUACUGAUUAUACCAUGAAACAUAUUAGGUCAUUUUUAAAUUUUAUCCCAUAAUCGAUCAAAAUACCUAAAAUAGCAUAAUAAUGAGAAAAGAAAAAAAAAUGUCCCUUCUGAUCAUCAGAGAGAUAAUUAUUUAAUAGUGAAAGAAAAAGUUACAUCAUUCAUGUUUUUUUCUAGCAUGAUAUACUUCUACCAUCCAAUUGACGAAAAACAGACGUUAUUCUAGAGCCCAACUCUAUCGUCAACCAUGGUAUUGGCCGAAUGUUUCCAUACACAGUGUAAUACAAAAACAACUAAAUCCAUAGACAAAUAUCAACCUCUGGAAGCGUUCGGACAAAUGGGCAAAAUCAAACUAAAUUGACACAAAUGGAUGUGGAAAAAAUAUUUUUAUAGAGUAAACCAAACUAUAAGAAAAAAUCGUACAUGAAAAAUCAUUUCAAAUACAACUUUCCAGAAUCUUUGUAGUCCUCUUUACGAAAUGAGAAAAAAAAAGUUUAAAAAAGAAAAGUCUUAUAACUAUUUAUAUUUAUAAGCCGUAAUAAAAUAAAACCACUACGAAUAUUUAAAAAUUAUUUUAAAGUAAUGCAUCAGCAGCAACAAAUUAAACUUCAAUACUAAUCAAAUUAAACGGAACAAAAAAGGGGAAAAAACAAACAUCAACACCUUCGUUAUGUUAUAGCUCUAUUGUGACGUUUUAUCAUUUUCCAUGUGUUCCGAAACCCCUCUCUAAUACAUGCAUAGGCACACAAUCUGUUAAUAUUCGCAGUGUUUGUAAAGAAAAUAAUAGACAAUACUUAGAUGCAAAAAACUAGUUCAUUUAGAAAUGUAACUUUUAAGUAGCGAAAUCUGGUCCGAUCUGAUUAUUGAUCGUCAAUAGCCGAAAAAUUCAAAGUUCUUUUUUCCACACACAUUUCAAUUUCACCUGCUUUUCAAUACUCCUUCAAAUCACUCCCGCAAACCACUACAACAACGUAAACGUAAUUACUACUUCCUGUUUUUGCGCUCCACAUUUCUCUCCCUACUACCUACUUGUAGAGCUUCGGCAUCAGGAAAACCACGUUAUGGAAAAGUAAAAACAUCAAUGCAAAAUAGUCCUCAUUGCUGAUUUUUAGGCAAACGAAAUAAAAAAGAACAAUUAUGAAAGUAUCAAAAAAGUUCCACUAUCUGAAAGCAAACUGUUUAAGCAAAACACUGUUUCACAUCUACGUAAACUUACAAACUAAUAAAAAUAAAGCAUGCUGCAUCGAAUUUGCAAAACCAAACAAACAAAUGUUUACAUACAAGCAGAAACAUAGCGACUCUUCCUUGCAUCCCUUUCAUGAUGUUUUACUACUCUCAUUAACUAUAAAAUAGCAGGACAAAACAAAACAAUUAAAAAAAAAAACGACAUAGAUAGAGUGAAAAUGUUUUUAGGAAAGAAAAGUGAACUAUCGUUUAUCUCUAUUGAAUGAAAUCAAGCAGAAAGAGAGAACACGUAAAAGAAAUCAGAGUCUAAACAAAGUUUUUAAAAUUGAAAGUAAAACAUACACACACCAAUGGAAUGAAAAAUGAAAUGAAAUAUUAAACAUACGACAACAUCAUAGACAAAAACCGAAGAAGAAAUUGAUUCAUUCGAGGAAAAAGAGAACAUGAAAUGUAGUAUUAAGUGGAGAAAAGAGUAAACAAAAUAUAUAAACCUUAAUCAUACAAAACAAACCCCUUAAACAGUUACCGUUCAAAACAAAACAACAAGAAAACAAAAAAAAACUAUCAAAUACAACAGUAACAUAAGAAUAAAAUCACCAAACCAUUUGUUUUGCUUCAUUUUUCACAUCACAUCUCCCCUAGCGCCGUCCAUAGACACGUUCAUCCGUUCAGCUCAUCCCAUCACCAGCCGUUACAUUCAACCGGGCACAGAUUUUGGAAAAUUGCUGUUAAAUUGUAGAAUUCAUUACUUUUUCUUUUUUUAAUACGUCAACUUUUCUUAGAAAUGGGCACACAUUAUAGGCGAUUCAAGUUUCUCUCCUUAGAAAACCCACAAAAUUUGUCAAAAGUUAGAUUUUAUUUUAGCUGCAUCUCACUCGCACUCAUGCAAAACCGACUCGGCAGCGCUUCCAACGGCAAGUUGAUUCGAGGGUCACUUUUUUGGAUUACUUACUUUGAUUUGAUGAAAAGCAAAAGUAACAUUUGAUUUCCAUUAACUUGCAGCAAAUAAUUAAUGCUUUUCUUUGUCCAAUCUUAAGCUUUCUGAAGCCUUAAAGUUACAAAAAAAGUACAAUGACACAAUAUAGAACCGAAAUCGAAAAAGUCUACCUACAGAACUGAAUGUGUGGAUCAUUUUUAAAUGCUAUCUGUGCCCAAAAUUUCUGUCGACAAGAAAACUUGGUGUUUGCAUCAUUUUACCCUAUUUCAUUUUCAGCAUCUCGGCAUCAUUCGAUUAAAAAUGAAGUUCCAGCCCUCUAGCGAAACCAUCACUAUUGAAACCUGUCCCCAACAGAUACAUCAUCGCAACACCACAUCCAUCAGCCCGGCACGUAUCGAAUACCCUCAUCUCAACCAAUUUGCAAACAUACUAUUUGCAGUUUCCGUUAUUCCUAUACAGAUAAUUCUGAUGUUUCAAAACACAAUACCCAAGCCCAUUCGAAAGAUAGAAUCAGCUACAAAUCUCAACACCUUUUUUCAACAUCAAAACACAACCGAAAACACGCCCCGCAGAAAUUUAUCGCAGGCACACAAACAAAUUUAUGUCUAAAACAAAAAAAAACAAAGCAAAGCAGACAAGGGAGUAAAAACAGAAAUUCUAUCCGUCAAAAGUUUAAUACAACAAAAAUUCAUAUUUGUACAACUUACAUUGACAUAUUCAAUAACAAAAGAAAAAGAGAAGGCAAAAAAACAAAGCAAAGGCGUUCUUAGCCAGGGAGACUUGCGAAAGUCAGAGAAUACUAGAUUAAAUUAAACCAAAGCAGGCAGCGAUCGACAUUUCAAUCUUUAAACAAACUGUAGGGCAAACGAAGCCGAAGUGUUUCCAUAAAUUCAAAAAAUAAAACAAUAGAGCAGGGCCCGCUCUUCAUUCCAUCCUCGUCGCGUCGCCAAACGGUGGUGUCGGUUUAAACGAAACAACAACUAAAAUAAACCAUACGCGAGAACAGAAGCUAUAAAAGACGAAAAAAAGAUAGUGAAAGAAAAACAGUCAACCAGAGCGAGAAAAAGCGAGUGCAGUUCUAAAAUGUAUAGUUCAAUUACUAACUAAUUUGAAGCAGGAGCAAAGACUCACAGCUAGCAGAAACAGAUGAGUCGAAGACAAGUAACAAAACGUACAACAAACGGUCAAGGUGUGCGAAAGCAAGCAAGCAAACUGCGCUUCGCAGCUAGAGAAGGGGAAACGAUAAGUUUCAAACAAAUAACGGUCAAGCGCAAUGCAACGUGUCGUCUGAAGCGAAAAGACGAUCUAGAGGCUAUGACGUGAGGCUAGAUAAACAAUAGGUAAACGAGAGCGAAAGAAUGGUGAACAUUUGUUAAAUAAUGUUUAAUAUUUAAAUAUCAAAAUAAAAAUUGUAUUGAAAAAUAAAAACAUUCGAAA